AUGCGUUGGCGUCCCCUGCUGAGCAGCCACCGCAACUGUACCAUCGCCAUCCACAUUGCUCACAGGGACUGGGAAGAUGCCGCCUGGAGGGAGCUGCUGGUGGAGAGGCUGGGGCGGACCCCCGCUCAGAUUCAGGCCUUGCUCUGGGAAGGGGAAAAGUAUGGCCGUGGAGUAAUUGCUGGGCUCGUUGACGUUGGGGAAACUUUGCAGUGCCCAGAGGACUUAGCUCCUGAUGAGGUUGUGGAACUGGAAAGUCAAGCUGUACUGACCAACCUGAAGCAGAAGUUCCUGACUGUGCUUUCAAACCCCAGGUGGUUACUGGAGCCCAUACCCAGGAAAGGCGGAAGGGAUAUCUUCCAGGUAGACAUCCCAGAGCACCUGAUCCCCUUGGGGCAGGAGGCCUGA